AUAAACCGCUUUACGCCAUGAUAGUUUAGAGUCAUUGAGUUUCAAAUCGAACUUGAGAUCUGACUCAACUCGAUCGGGUAGAGUUAACAAAUCGAAUAUGCUAUUAAUCGCUCUGGGAGUCGAUCGUGUAAUUUUUUCUCAAGGGCGGAAAAGUGAAAAGUUUCACGUGAAUUCUGUGAUUCCGCUCGAUCAUGUAAUGAGCCAAGCGCUCAAGCUGGAGCAAUCGCAAAAGUACAUGAUCGAUCCUCUGGAUGAGUGAAAAAUGAAAAGUGAAAGUGAAAAAUGAAAAGUUUUACGUGUAAUUACAUGAUCGAUUCCCUGGCCACAGUCUAGUGCAUAAAAUAGUAUUGUGAGCUGAUCAUCUAUAAAUUUUGUAAAUCUAUGGUAAUCGCGCUUUUCACGUCAUCCCACCAGUGUUCACAACAAUGGUCGUGCCGGUUGUAUUUUAGGUUAAAUCAUAUUCGCAUGAUCUCUAAUAUAGUUUAUAAACUCUAACAAAGUAAAAAAUGGACAAUAAAAUAACGAUAUGUGAUCCUGACGAAGAAGAAAUUGAAAAUGAUUUAUUGCAUGACAUGGAACCAAUCAUGUGGAUCAAUGACGAUCCAAACUAUGACUUGGACGAGAUUAACAUGUUUUUUCACAGAGUUGAUUCAGCUCAAAUUAUAUAUGAAGAAAAAAAGAAAAAGUGCAAAUUUAUCGGUAAAUAUGUCAUGGGCGACGUUCUCGGUGAAGGUAGUUAUGGAAAAGUAAAAGAAGUAUUGGAUUCGCAAACGCUCUGCCGAAGAGCGGUAAAGAUAUUAAAGAAAAGAAAACUUCGUAGGAUACCGAAUGGUGAACAAAAUGUUCAAAGGGAAAUAAAAUUAUUAAGAAUAUUAAGACACAAGAAUGUAAUAAAUCUCGUAGAUGUUUUAUAUAGUGACGAGAAAGAGAAAAUGUAUCUAGUUAUGGAAUUUUGCGUAUGUGGAUUACAGGAUAUGUUGGAAAGCGCACCAACCAAGAAGCUUCCCCUUUGGCAGGCACAUGACUAUUUCUGUCAGUUGUUGGAUGGUUUAGAGUAUCUUUACAGUAAAGGAAUAGUUCACAAAGAUAUAAAACCUGGAAACUUGUUAUUAACCUUAGAUGGUACCUUAAAGAUUAGUGACUUUGGUGUUGCAGAGGCAUUAGACAUGUUUUCCAAAGACGAUACAUGUACGAUAGGUCAGGGAUCUCCAGCGUUUCAACCACCAGAAAUUGCAAAUGGCUGCGAAAGUUUCUCAGGUUUUAAAGUAGAUAUAUGGAGUAGCGGAGUUACAUUGUAUAAUAUAACAACGGGUUUAUAUCCUUUUGAAGGAGAUAAUAUAUAUAAAUUAUAUGAAAACAUUGGAAGAGGCGAAUAUACUAUACCCAAAGAAGUAAAGGAGCCAUUAAAAUCGCUCAUAGAAGGAAUGUUACAGAAAGAUGCGGAUAAAAGAUUUACAUUACAACAGAUUAAAAGACACGCUUGGACCAUAUGCGAGCAUCCUAAAAUGCAGAAAGAAGUACCUAUACCUCCCCUUAAAAGUAACGGAUGUCAUAGUAUGACUGUUUUACCAUAUCUAAUGGAAUAUCAUUAUGGGGUUGAUGAUAAUCCCGUAUAUUACACAGAACAUCAGCUAAAUGAAGAACGAAGACUUCAAGAACUGGAUCGUAUUAGUGAGGAUCGAAAGACUACAUGUAAUAGUCAUGUAAAUGCUAAAUCCAACACAAACAGUCAAAACAAACGGAGAUGGCGUAAAUCUUGUAUUAGUAUUAAGAGAUUUUCAUUCUGCAAGCCAUCGUGAUUUUACUGAUUGUAUCGCUAUUUUUUUGUUUAUAUCUUACUGACUAUGUCAGUUACAAAGCUUCUCUAUGGUGGAGACGACUGAAAGCUCGAUUAAUGCUGAGCGUACAAGAUGUAUGUAAUCCAGCUACAGCACGAAUAGAAUGUAACGCUUUUGAGUCGAUUCAAAAGCAUCGGAUGUAAACAUUUGUGAUAUUAAGAUUAAAUCGUGUAGCGCGAAUAAUUCAACGACACCCUUAUUAAUCAUUCGACCCAUGAAAUGCCCAAUUAAAAUCAAGUUUCUGGUGCCAUAUGGAUAAUGCGAUUAAUAAAAUUGUUAAUCGUCAAAUUUUUUGCAUGAUUUCAUUUACUACCAAAUCUUCCGUACCUCAUACACUUUUAUUUGUCAUCGAAAUUUGCGCGAAAAUCAAUUUAUUAUCAAUUAUAAUAUCUUGCCAAAUACUUUGAUUUUAUUUGUUUAAUUAAUAAAUAAACAAAUGAUACUGUUAAUUAAU